GUCUUGAUUCGCUAGUGGAAGCAACGUGUGUAAAAGAGCAUUGCAAUUUGCUGCGUUGUUUUUCGUACUACAAAAGUGGAGUUUAACUAAGUGUAUCAAAAGAAUACGUGUGUAUAUGUGUAUGUGUGGUGGUGGUGCCUCCACAAUUUGUUAUAAUUACGGUGUUGUGUGCGAAACAUUGUUAAUUGUAAGCAAGAUCUGGAACUCUUGAAAUGCCACGUCGAUGUAGUGUGUUCGGCUGUCGGUCGAAUUAUGAUUCCGAAACAGAGAGAACGACUACAUUUUCUUUGCCAUCUGAAGAGAGUCGACGUGAACUGUGGCUUUGAAAUAUCCCAACAGACUUAACCAAAUUAAAACGGCCAAAUAUUUGUGUAAAACACUUCGAUGAAUCAUGUGUAAUUCGAGUGGACAUAAUUAUGGACAGAGGACAACUCAAAGAAUUUCCCAGAAUAAUCCCAAAACUCACCGAAAAUGCUGUUCCAACUAUUUUUCCCAACACUUCCUCAUACUGUUCUAAAUCAACUACAAAAGUGAGACGUCUUGCUGAUGUGGAAGACGUUAAUCUUAAAAAAGCUAUUGAAGACAGUAUUGAGUCAAACAACUUACACGUCCAACAAAAUUCACUUUCGUGUCUCAAUGAUAUUUCCGUAUUUCUAGAAGGCCAGAAAAUUUGCAGCAACAAGUGGUCUGUGAUUAGAGAUGAUGAAAAUUGCAUAUCUGUCUUUUGGGAUUAGACAGGGGAAUACCUUGUGUUAUUGCAUUCAUAACUGUUAAUAGUGAUUUGAGCUUUAGAGUAAAUAUUAGUGAAGGAAUUCAUUUUGCAAUUAAUGCAGCCAUCAAUGAUUUGAAGAAAUUAACUUCCAUAAACGUUUUAGAAAAUGUAAUGUCAAUGGUUGAGAAAGGGGAAAUUUUGCCUAGUGUUACAGAUAAAUUAAACUGUGCUGUCAAUUGCUUGCAGACUAUCCCAAAUUAUGAUGAAAAUGCACAACUGAAAUUUAUUGUAGAGCAACUCCAUGUAUCACAAAUCUCAAAAAACAAGACACUAUGGCAACAACACCAUGAUCGUGGCAUGCUGCUUGUAUGUACAUUCUGUCAGUGCAUACAAUGCCUUGAGGAAGUGUGAUUUAAUGUUGUUACCCCACCCACGAACCUUGCAGAAACUAAUUUGUAAUUACCAGCUAGUCACUUCAUCAGUUCAAACUAGUCCUUAUUUAGAAAACAGGGUGAAAUAUUUAGAAAAACAUGAGUUCUUAGUGUCUCUGUUGUUAGAUGAGAUUUAUGUGCAACCACAACUUUCAUUUAAAUCUGGAUCAAUACAUGGGAGUAGCUUUUUUCAUCCUGAGACGUGUGCCAAAACAGCACAGGUUUUUAUGGUCUCUUCUCUUUUGUCUAAAUAUGUUGAUGUAACAAUUAUACCAGUAGCUAAUAUGACAAGUCAAGAACUGAAAUCUUCGAUCAGUAAUGUUCUGUGCAUGGUUGAAAGAGUGGGCUUCAAAGUUGUUAGUCUGAUAGCAGAUAACAACAGUGUAAACAGGAAGGCAUAUGAACUAUUCACCCCCAGUAGAAUUCUCCAACCCAGUAUUGAACACCCUCUAGAUCCUUCCAGGAAAUUUUUUGACACUGUACACAUUCUGAAGUGUAUCAGGAACAAUUGGCAGACAAAAAGAAAUGUUAAUAAAGUGUUACAGUUUCCUGACAUGACUGAUAAUUCGGUAAUAUUGACAGCACAGUAUAAGAAUUUGGAGCUGGUAUAUGAGAAAGAAAGAAACUCUUUAGUCAAAUAUGGCCACACACUGUCAGCUACAGUACUGUAUCCAUCGUCUAUUCAAAAACAAAAUGUGAAAUUAGCUUUGCCUAAUGUUACUGAGCACAUAAAUCAGACAGUAACUUUCCUUGAGGUGAUUGUGAACUGGUGGAAGACUGUGAAUGUUAGAAGUGUAUUUGAAGGACAAAGAUUCAAUUAUCCUUACAGAGAAGCCAUCAGGAAGACAUCAGACAAUCAGGUGACAUUUCUAAGUAAUCUGUGUCAUUGGCUAAAAGUUUGGAGAGUAUCUGUACCAAUAAGUGAUGCUUUAACAUCACAGACAUUCCAGUCUUUAAUAUUAACAACUGAAUCUUUUCUGUAGAUAAUUCCAUACUUAUUUGAGAAAUAUGACAUUGACUACAUAUUGCUAGGAAAAUUUCAAAGUGAUGAUUUAGAGGGCCACUUUGGGUGCUACCGACAGUUGAGUGGGGCAAAUUACUACAUUAGUUACAUCCAAGUCCUAGAAAAUGAAAGAAAAUUAAGAUUCAAAAAUGAUGUACUGUUCACAGCUCAAAAUGAUAAUGUACACUUGAAACACAUAAUUCCUGCCCAACAGCAGCUAGACUGUAAUAUUGACAUUAGCAUUUUUUCUGAUAUUAUGGACAUCACCUUUGGUAUGAAUGAUGUUCCACCUAACAUGUUACCUAUUUUGACAUACAUAGGAGGUUAUGCAGCUAGGAAAGCCCUUCAGAAAUCUAAAUGUGACAAAUGUACUGAAUGGUUGCAGCUGAACAAAGAAGUUGAGGUAGAUUCUUCUUACAACUUUGUAAAGGAACUGGACCGGGGUAAACUGACUUUGCCUACAGAGACAGUAGUGAUCACAGUCGGAAUAGUGUGGCAUACAGUCUCUCUGCUUGUGAAUGACUUUAUUCAGCAAUUUAUGUCAUGUGGUAAACAGCUUUCCAUUUCUCAGAAGAUAUGCAUGUCAAAAGUUGUGAAAGCAGUGGAUAAUGCUGAAUGUGUGUGUUUGCUUCACAACACAUUGUUAAGCAAACUGGAAUAUGUUUCUCUCUGUGCCAACAGGAUACUCAUUAACAAUUUUGAGCAAAUGCAUAAUGAUAAGGCAAGUAAGUCCAAAGUAGAUUCAAGGAAAGUGAAGAAGCUUAGGACUGACACAUAAGUUUGAAGCCCUCUACACAGAUACCAUUUCUUUUUUUUUGUACUUUCUCAUGUUAUCAAGUUUCACAGAUAUCUCACUGUUCUUAUUGUACAAUUUUAUUUCAUUAUGUAACACAGUAUUUUUGAUUUUUACUUUGUUUUUCCUGUGGAGGUGUAAAUAGUGACCAGAUGUGGUUCCAUGUUUGUGAAAGCAACUGUUGGUUGCGUACUGGUCAAUAUUUUUCUUUAUGUAUCUCACUGUUUGAAAAUUGUAUUCACAUGGAACGUUCAGGAUACCCAAGUUUUUAAACAGCACUCUCCAGUGAGCUCUCUAGUUACUGUUUAAUAUAUUAUGUAUAACCCUUUGUUGUAGUUGCAAGUGUUUCUAUAAUCUGCCCAUUUACCUCCCAGAAGGUUCAGUUUUGUGAUGAAAAUUUCCAUAACACUGCCAGUAGAAUGAUGUAUAUAGAAUAUGGUUAGGCUUUUGGAACAUAUUUGUGUCCUAUAUGUUUAUAGCUGAUAUUUCUAUAUGUUUUUCUCCAGUUAAUGAAAUAAUUUCAUUUUUGACUUCAUGCAUAAUGCCUUCCUUAACAUACAUGCAUGACCCACCAUCACGCAUAAAGGUUCUGCUAUACUGAAAUGCUAGAUUGUAAGAGUUUAAACCAUUUAAGGUGUGCUACAUCAAUCUUCUGUGAAGCAAACGAGUGAUUUGUCUAUAGUCUGUAGUUCCACUUGUAGUUGCUGGACUUUAUUUCUCAUGGACAGAAUAUUUUGGUGGAGGAUUAAGAAACCUUACCUUGAAGGUUUCUCUCUCUUUUUGCCUUGACUAAAAAAUCCUUUGGAUGAAGAGCAGGCAUAAUUUUCCGUUUCCACGCAGUACUACAGAAUGUUGCUUCUGUUGACUUCUCAUCCUUCAAAAGUGCUGUUGAUGAUGUUACUGCUGCUGAUGGUGAUGCUGCAGCUUCUGGUGUUGUUGAGGAUGAUGAUUUCAGUAACGUACAGAUAAUGCCAUGGCAACACCAUGGUUUGUCAGGAAUUUAUUUCCUCUGUGAAGUAUGUUUAUUUUUUUCCUUUUGUCAUACUUGCAUCUCCACCCUCCCAUUCAGUUCAUUUCACAUAGCAAGAAAUAGAAUGUAGCAGAUUCAUUCCUCCUGUUACAUUUCUUGUAUCUAUUCAUGCUUUACCGAUAAUGAAAAGUGCAAUGGGACACACUAGUAGCCCACUUGAUUGAUGGGUUUUCAUUUCUAAAUUUUUGUUCAGACUGCAUACAUUACACAGAUAAUCUACAAAUAUAAUGCAUUAAUGCUUAUACAUAUGUUGUUUCUGUGGCUGAUUUGUUUACAUUAAAAUUACAUUG